AUGGCAUUUCUCAAGAGAUUUCUUCAACUGUUCUCAGCUCCCCCACUGGACAGCACUGAGGUGCAAAAGGAUGACGACCUGCAAUACAAAUGCCGGAGUUGCCGGUACACGCUGAAGAAUCUUUUCGUCGCUCUUAGAGACUUAGAGCUUCAGCAGCGGUUCUUUGGAAAACCUUUAGGUCCGAUCCGGAUCCAUGAAAACUACCAAGAGCUCGCUGCAUGUGCACAACAGUGUGUAGCGUGCCGCACCUUCCGAAAGGCGCUCAUUCUGAAACAACCCACUACCGAAGAUGCUGCAAAGCUUGAAGAAGCAACAGAAGCAGUAUUCGUCACGCUUCUCAGAGAACCGUCCACCGACGUACUGAGGCUUCGUGUCAGCAUUGGCAGGCGUCGUGAUGACGACCAUGCAUCAGCACUCGUCUCCUGCACCGCCUCUAACGAUAUCACCUCUCCCGCACUCCACCCCAACCCCCGCCACCCCUCGGUCGCACGCGAAGCCAAGUCCUGGCUCGACGCCUGCACAGCCACACAUACCGAAUGCGGCAACCUCCGCUCCUCCACCAGCACUCCCACCCGCCUCCUCGAAAUCCUCGCCGACUCCCAAUCCGUUCAACUCAUCCACCCCAACCAGCACCGCACCACCUCUUCAACCCACUACCCAUACGUCGCUCUAAGCUACUGUUGGGGCCCACCACCUUCCGACCCCAUCCCCGCCGCCCUCGUCCACUCCACCCUAACCACCCCCGCCAACCUCUCCGCGCGCUCUUCUGCGCCCUUCCCGACGUCCACCCUCACACCUACCCUCCGCGACACCAUCGCAUUCGUCGCGGCCCUCGGCACGCGCUACAUCUGGAUCGACGCACUGUGUAUCGUGCAGGGGCCCGGCGGCGACUGGGAAACCGAAUCCGCCAAGAUGCACGAGGUAUACGGCAAUGCAGCUUAUACGCUGUGCAUCGCCAGUAACGACGCUGCGACAAAGCCGCUCUUCUCGACUCGCACCGCGUGGAAGUAUGACAAUGUGCCAUGCCGCCUCGCCGGUUCCUGGUGGAUCGCUGCGUAUGAGGUAGGGGUGGAGGAGGUGAGGAGGAAAGCGCCGCUGGCGAAAAGGGCAUGGACAUUACAGGAAGAAAGGCUCAGUCCAAGAGUGCUGUACUGGUCGGGGCAGCGGAUGUAUUGGUCGUGUGUGCGGGCGCGACGGGUGGAGAUGGGGAGAGGCUGGGCCGGGGAGGAGGGGAAUAAAGGAAGGGAAAUGAGACGGAAGCCGAAGGUAUAUGGAGGGGAGGACGGAGAUGGAGCACAGAAGGAUUCGGCGCAGGGCUUUUUGGAGACGAGGAGGAAAGAUUCUGGGGAAGGGCUGCAUCGCAGUUGGCUAGAGAUCGUGGAGUCGUAUACGAGACGCCAGUGCACGAAUGCGGGGGAUCGGUUUCCGGCGCUGUCGGGCCUGGCAGCCAAGUAUUUGGAGGUGAGGAAGGGAGAUGAGUACCUUGCUGGGCUCUGGAAGCAAUCGUUAGCAGAAGAUCUGUCCUGGUCACCUGCUUUGAUUGUUCUGGACGAUAGCGGAGUGAAACCAGAGGCACCGUCAUGGUCAUGGGCCUCGUUGCCGUUUGGCGUCGGCGCUGAUUGGAAGGCGUUCUCGGCAGCAGAGGAGUUCGAGAUGGUCACUGGGCGGUCUAAAAGAAAACAGCAGCGCUCACUCGUUGAGAUUGUCAAUGACGGGGCCAAAGUACAAUCGCUCCACGUUCGCGGCAGACUGCGGCUUUUCAAAGAUCCAGGAUCAGUUUCCAUGGCGUGGUCCGAUAUUAGCCAGACAAUUGACGGCCAGGAGAAAUUUUCAUUUGCAAUUAGCCCGGACACCCCCAUUAACUCUGUCGAUUUGGAAUCAGGCCGUGUUCUUACAUAUGAGGCUCUGAGGGAGGAAGUCAUUGGCCAGCUUGAUUACUUUCAAGAUGCCCACCGUAUAGAUGACGAAAAUUUGGCCAUCUUCUGUCUCGAAAUCGGCAGCUCAGUGAUGCUACUUCUGGAGCACUGUGAGAUUGAUUCCGGAUAUCGCCGGAUUGGAAUAUCUCGUGGAUACAGAGUGGACUUCUUCUUGGGAGCUGAUGUGACUGAGCUCAAGUUUCUCUAA